AACGAUUGGGGGCUUCUACUCGCGGUCGAGACUCGAUUGAAGGAGGCAGAGACGAUGUACCAGCGGGCGCUUCUGUGCUACGGGAAGGCAUGGGGACCGGAGCACAGCGGAACACUCGACACAUGCCAUAACUCAGGCAGCCUGUAUGUGGGCCUAGGCCGGCUUAGCGAGACAAAGAAGAUGUGCCAACGAGCACUCCAGGGCUACGAGAAGACAUUGGGACCGGAGCACACCUCAACGCUAUAG